AUGUACCCAAAAAAAUGGUCAUUUGUACCAUGUCCAUGGUACUUUGUACCACGAAAAUGGUCACUUGUACCACGCCUAUGGUACUUUGUACCACGAAAACAGUCAUCUGUCCCAUCACUAGGGUACUUUGUACCGUCGCUAUAGUACUGUGUACCGUAAAAAUGGUCAUUUGUACGAUCCCUAUGGUACUAUGUACCCAAAAAAUGGACAUUUGUACCAUCACUAUGGUACUUUGUACCAUGAAAAUGGUCAUUUGUACCAUGUCUAUGGUACUUUGUACCACGAAAAUGGUCAUUUGUACCAUCACUAUGGUACUUUUUACCGUCGCUAUGGUACUGUGUACCAUGAAAAUAGUCAUUUGUAUCAUCACUAUGACACUUGGUGCCACGACUAUGGUUUUUGUGAGGUGAAAAUGGUCACUCGUACCAUCACUAUGGUACUUUGUACCAUCAAAAUGGUCAUUUGUGCCAUCACUAUGACACUUUGUACCAUGAAAAUGGUCAUUUGUACCACGACUAUGGUACUUUGUACCACGAAAACGGGCAUUGGUGCCUCGUGUUACAGACAGACAGACACAGGUGAAUUUUGGUUUCUAGACCCUAGCCUUUCAGCCUAGGGAACAUACUAUUAUUCUUUUUUUUAUUGUAAGGAUAAAACAUACUAUUAUUCAGGUCAUAUGAGAGAGGAUACCACAUAAUCCUGGAUUGGCCCGAAGAAUACCAUGUGGGGUGUGGGUGUGGGUGUGGGUGUGGGUGGGUGUGGGUCUGGGUGUGGGUGCGGGUGUGGGUGUGGGUGUGGGUGUGGGUGUGGGU